AUGGAAGCGCAAGUGCCUUCAUCGGCCAAUAUUGUUGUGAUCGGCGGAGGACCCGCAGGAGCUUACGCGGGCGCCGUUCUCGCGAGAGAGGGUUUCGAGGUCAUCCUCCUCGAGAAAGACGUCUUCCCCCGCUAUCACAUCGGAGAGAGCAUGCUACCAUCUUGCCAUCCGUUCUUCAGAUUCAUCGAUUUUGAAGAGAAGAUGAAAAACUACGGUUUCUUUCCAAAGCCUGGUGCUGCGCUCAAACUCAAUCAGGAGAAACGCGAAGGAUCUAACAAUCCGGAUAACUCGGCUUGGAACGUGGUGACCUUCUUUUUUCCUCAUCUCCUGACAACCAACAACACUUCUAACAUAAACCAAAUACAGGUACGAUCGGAAUUUGACGACCUCCUUCUCCGUCACGCAGUGGAAACGGGAGUCCAUGCAUACGAGGGUGUCCGGGUUGAGGAAAUCCACUUUUCUCCUGACGAGCCUACUCGUCCGGUUUCACUCACUUGGAGGAAGAGCGAUGCCGCGCGGGGAGAGUUAUCCUUUGAUUGGCUUGUCGAUGCUUCUGGGAGGAAUGGGUUGAUGUCCACAAGAUACAUGAAGAAUAGGACGUUCAACAAGUCCCUCAAAAACGUCGCAAUAUGGGGAUACUGGAAUGGCGCCGGACGUUAUGCACCGGGGACAAAGCGGGAGAACGCACCAUGGUUUGAAGCUUUGACAGAUGAAUCGGGUUGGGCUUGGUUCAUCCCUCUUCACAACGGAUCGACCAGUGUCGGCGUUGUUCUAGGAGAAGAAGAGAGCAAGCACAAAAGGACGCGAUACCGUUCAGAAUCGAAUGGGAAAUCACUUUCAGAAGUACAGCACCAUUGUUAUAUGGCGGAUCUUCAACGAGCGCCAGGAUUAAUUCAGCUACUGGGAGACGCGACAUUCGAGGGGAAGCUCAUGUCCGCUGGUGACUACAGCUACCACGCGUCGGAAUAUGCUGGUCCUCACUUCCGUAUCGCCGGGGAUGCGGGAGCUUUCAUUGACCCGUACUUCUCAUCAGGUAUCCACUUGGCACUCACCGGUGGACUGUCUGCAGCUAGUACCAUCGCUGCCUCAAUUCGAGGGAAUUGUACUGAAGUAGAAGCCUGGGGAUUCCACAGCUCGAAAGUGAGGAUCGCGUAUACCCGUUUCCUCUUUGUUGUGCUCAGUGUCUACAAGCAGAUACGAUCUCAGGAUACGGCUGUUCUCUACGAGGACCACGAAGACAAUUUUGACAGGGCGAUUGAUUCACUGAUACCCGUCAUCCAAGGACGCGCAGAUGCCGAUGAGAAUCUCACAGAGGCAGAGCUUGAGAACACACUGGAUUUCUGCAUAAGCGUCCUCGAACCUACCAAGCCUGAAACACAUAAUGGUAAUGCUCAGCCUCUGGCCGAUUCGAAACGGCCACAGACGGACACGGAGUCUAUCGACAAGCUCACCGGAACAGACAUUGAUUCGGACGCGAAGCGCGCGCAGACGGAAAUGGAGGCGCAGAAUAUAUUGCAAUCGAUGAAUGACUGCAAAAGAAAUUUUGGUACGGAGAUCAUCAACGGGUUCUAUGUUAAGAUGGAGCGAGGGAUGUUGGGUCUUGUGCGCGCAUAG